GAAAGUGAGAGGAAAGUAAAUGACAAAUGAAAGGUAGAGAGAAGGGAGUUAGCUAGGGUAUAUAUACCACCACAAACCAACAUGAAGAAUCAUUGUAACUUGAGGAAGUAUAUCACACCUAAUUACAACACCUAGAUGGAUUGGUUUUAGGCAAGCUGUUCUGCAAGGGAGUUUAAGUGUGCACUGGAAGAGAGCACAUCAUUUGCUAAAACACCAUCUGUUUUCCAGGAAGAAAGCUGAAGAACGCAUCACCACACAAGAAAAGAGAGCCUUUAAAACAGACAAGUUAAGUUUUACAAGCAGAGUAUCUUCAAAAGUCAUCUUAAAUUAUUCUGUUUGUUGCAUUGCUAGUGAAUCAGGGACUGUAUCUUUCAGAAUCUUCACUUUCUAGUAAGAAGUUGAUCAGUAUCCAUAGCAACCAUGCAACUAAGAGAAGCAUCAUCAUCACUUCUCCUCUGUGCACUGGUCCUGAUUGCUACCAAGUUGACAGAUGCCUGCUCCUGUAUGCCUGCUCAUUACCAAACACUAUUCUGCAGAGCUGAUGCUGUGAUCGAGGGAACGAUCAAGAGUACAUCAUUCAUAUACGGCGACAAUGCAGUGACUGACAAUGAGAUCUAUGGUUCUUCAAUGGACUAUAGCUACACAGAUCUUCUUCCUCCAUUAGUUCUCCCUCGGUAUCCUCUCUUCGUUGUCUACAACCUGACUAUCAAAGAGGUCUUCAAGGGGGAAGAAGAAUUGGCAGGAAUCACUACCAUAUCAGUGUCUAGUGCAGCCAGUGGAGCUAUGUGUGGAGUGGCAGAUCUACAGGAUGGAGAAAGCUAUAUCUUGAGUGGUUUUCUAUGGGAUGGAGAGUUAAAUGUUGGCCUGUGUAGCAGUUGGGUUCAACCAGUAAAUGAUCUCUCAGCAUUCCAAAAGAGAGGACUCAAACGACUCUAUGCCAAGUCAUGUGAUGACUGUCGGAUUUGCUCAGCAAAGUAUGACAAUGACUGUUUGCCUACUGAGGGGUGUAUGGGAUCCUAUACUUCACCUUGUGUCAGAAUGAACUCUGCAUGCAUCCGCAACAGCAAAGGCCACUGCUCUUGGAAAAACAGCAAAUACUCAAAGCUUUGCUGAGGACUUCAUCAUCACCAGAUAGUCAUCCACAAAACAAACUAACUCAGAGUUAAAUGAGAUGGAGAAAUAAUCUGUCUUGGAAAUCUAAUCGGGGGACUGAUGAAGUUUGUGAAAAUAAUUACUAAUACCAUUAAUCUUGUCGACCACUGACUUCUCCAAUUCCCAUAUUAGACUUGGUACAGAGCUCAGCUGUUCUAUAAGGCGACAAGUUAAAGAACAUGCAUUAAAGAAAUUGAUGGACUAAGUUCAGAGUGGGUCUAACAUCUACAUGUAAUACCCCUUUCAUAAACCCAUCCUCCAAUUAGCCGCCUAAGAUUAAUGCGGAUAAUUCAAUAAAGAUUGCGUUCACAAACUCCGAAAAUAAUCCGCACUAUUUUUACGAGCGCCCGUCCUGAAAAAGGCAGAUAAUCGUCAUGACAACUGCACACGCCCCCUCCGAUGCGGUUGUGUUGGAAAAGGGUGACCUUGUGACCGCACCAUGGCAAUUAUCCGCAUUAUUUGGAAAUGCGUUCAUAAAGUCAAAAUCUGGUCCCGAUGCCGCUAUUAUGCGGAUAAUUGCAGCAUCAAAAUAAUGCGGAUAACUCUGGUCCUCCUCCGAUUCUACGACCAAAUUAUGCUGCUAUUAGCCGCAUAAUUGGGUUUAUGAAAGGGGUAUCAUUCACUCAAUGACACAUCAUCCUACUAAUGGGGUGUAGCAAGAAACCUUCAGUUGAUCACAAGUCAAUUUAAGGUCCCAAAAUCAAUUAAAAGUCAUGUAUUUCAUUACAAAUUUACAAUUGAUUGAUGGUUUGCUUCAUGCAUUAGCAAAUAUAAAUUGAUUUGCUUUAGUUAAUAUUGGUCUAUCACUUGUAAAUUUGCAUCUGGAAUUUGCAAAUAUUUUCUUGCAAUAGCCCCUAAGUUGAAUGGUAAGUCAUUAUAUACAUUUGCAUCAUGUAUAUGACUAAUUCUUUGAUGUUUAAUUCUAGAUGACAUUUUCAUUCUGAUGGAGAUGAUUUACAGAUCAAUUUUUUUUAGAGUUACAGAUGGCAAAGCAGUCUUCUUUUUCUGUCUUUAAUUUGACCUUACAAUAACCGAAACUGGUAUAUCUAACUUAUUACUAUGAGAAACUUGUCAAUGUUGUCUUCAGAUUAUUACGGCAUGAUUACCCUAGCAUGAGGGUUAUAUAGAGGACACUGAGGUUGUUGAAUUUGAAAUAAUUAGUAUAGCCUAACCCACAAGGGACCUAUCCAAGAUAGCCUACUUUUCUACAAAUUCAACCUUACUUCAAAAUGAUAGAGUUUUAAUAAAAUUACUGAUGCAAAGUUACAUAAAGGUUUACUAAGCAGUAAGGUUAUCAAGGACAGAUUUAACCUAUCAAUUUAUUUAACUAUUACAUUAAUAGGCACUGAAUAGGGACUACCAACAUCCUGCAGGCAAUGAAUUAAAUGUGGAAUAAGAGGCAUUAAAGUUUGUCUUCCUUAUAUCUUUGUUCAAUUAUGGGUGUGUAGCAAGAAACUUUUUUUGAAAUCGAUUGCAAAUGAUAACUGCAUAUUUUCAAUUGAUAGUUCAUUUCUCUAAAGAAUUCAUUUUAUUCUUCCUGUGAUUGACAAGCAAUCAUUUGUAAAGUUAUUGUGAUUGAUUGUAAGGCUUACGAUCAGUUCUGGGCCUACACUGAUUUGCAAUUGAUUGCAGGUUUCUUGUAAUGCCUCCUUAUUCAUCUACUCUUCAUUGUUCUUCCAUAUUUUUUUAUAUUCUUUCCUUGGUUGAUCUUUGUAUUGCUAUGGCCUUAUGUAACAUACAUGAAUGUAAUGUUUCAAAUUCAUUGACUUUCCUUAUCUCAUUAACAUGUCAUAUUAUGAUGUUGAUAGUUACAGUACUAUUUUGUGAAUAUGAUAGUUCAUUAAUAUCCUUUUUAAUAGGAGUUUUAUCUUACAGAUCGCUUAUUAAAUAAAGUAUUAGAGAAUUAACAUUUUGAAAAUAAGCGAGUGCAAUAGUAUAUGAUUCCAAAAUAUAAAACCAAGUGAUUUUUGCAGAGCCAAACAUUCUUCUUUAAUCAUACAGCAAGAAACAAUUAAUCAAAAUCAAAGAAUGAUUGCUCAAUUGAGGGUACAUGUACAUAUUUAUCAUAAAAUAAGCAUAGUGAAAUUAUACAAAGCUACAAAGUUUAGGAUUCCUUAGUUUUUUUCUGGAAAACAUAUCAUGACUGAAGUAGUUGAUUCAAUCUGUCAUUUUACUUAUAAUUUUAUGUACCAUUCCUUCUCUUUGUAUUGCACAUUCCUGUCAAAAGUAUUUUGUCUUAUUGUGUAUAUAUUAUUUGGGACAUGGAGAUUUACUUCUUUUUAUAUGUAUAAAUACCCUUCUCUUUUUGUGUACAUAAAUGUAUUCAAAUAUUUAUUCCCUGAAUAUAGACACAAAUAUUUUGUGUCAAAUAUUAAGACAUUGGUGUUCCUAAGUACUUAGAUGUUCAGAAAAAUAAAUAUGUUCCAUAACAACAAAGAUGCAUAUUUUGUUUUCAUUAUUAUUUAUGUUAACUUCCAGAAAAUAAAUGAUUUUAUUUGAAUAUAUUGUACAUUUAUAUUCAUACUUCUGUACAAGGGAUUUAUAGUUGGCAUUGUAAUACAUGAUAUAUUUAUGAAGAAGAAGAUGAUGAUGAUGAUGUGGUUAGAAUGAAAAUGAUAUUAAGACAAUGAAGAUGUUGAUGCUGCUGAUUGUGAUGGUAAUGAUGUAGAUGGCUAUAAUAAAUACAAUCAUAAUAAGGAUGACGACAAUGACAAUGAUGACGAUGUUGAUGACGAUGAUUAUGAUAAUAAUAAUUGGCAUUUGUAUAGCGCUUUAUCAUUCU